UCCUGGCUGGAGAGCACCGCGGCAUGCCCCCCAGCAUCGGUGUGGCCGAGCCAGGACUGGAAAUACGUGUGCGACUGGAAGCCUAGCACCGCGCAGGCAACGGCUCAGCCAGGGACAGCCCGCAGGAGCAGGCCAGCUCUUCAGAGGACUCAUCACUCUAUCUUUUCUCUGAGCUCUGACUACUUCCUGGAGAAAACAUACAUGGAACAGACACUGGAGUGCUCUUGGAAAGAAGUCCCAUGGGGACUGUACCUGAGUCUCUGAGAGUGACGAAAGCCUCCAUAGUGACAACGUCUGGAAAGGAAGAGGGUCGAGGAGAGCUGCAGAGUGUCUCCCCACAACAACCUGAGGCAGAGAAGAAUGCUAGUGGCACUGGCAAUGUCCCUGCUGAACUUAGCACUGGGCUCAGCACAGCUGCUGAGGCCCUGAUGCAAGCUUGUGUGCAUGAGACCAGCCAGUCAGACAUGGCAUCUCCGGGUGUCCUCCAUGAGGUGGAGCAACUGUCACCCACACACAACACUCCUGAUGACUCCCAGCUGCAAGAAAGCAAGGAGCUGGCAGCACCAGGCCUGCAUCCUUCGGCAGAAAAGGAACUUAUAUCUGCACACCAUGCCAUCCAAGGUGACCUGCCAAAUACCAGCACCUGUCUGGUACCUGAAAACUCCUUGGGCAAAUCAAAGGCAAACUCAAACAGUGAGAAACCCGAGAAGUCAAGUUGUCCUACCAGGGUCACCUGUUGCAGCAGCAAAAAUCAAAUGCUCUGUGAUUUUCCAUCUCCAGAAAAUAGCCAAGGAAUUGUACGAGCUUCAGAUCCAGCAACGGCGGGUCACCUGUCCCCUUCUGCAGACAGAUCUGGUGAGGAAGGGCAGAAAGUCAACAGCGACACCACAGUGGGGUCCAGUGAACCUCUACCAAGAAGAGGGUGCUCAGAGAACAAACAACCCUCUGACACUGCCUUGGACACCAUGGAUGAAGGAUCUGAAAAUCUUCUACCAUCCUCCCUCACCAGCAGAGAUGCCACCUGUUGUCCGGAUGAAAAGAAAGUGCAGCUGUUAGAGCAGCUUCCGGCGGCAUCAAGGUUCAAAGAAGCCAGCACAAUGACCUGCCAUGCUGAAAGGGAGGUUAAGGAGGUCCCAGGCAGGGCUUGGCAAGACGCCGAGGUGCAAGCAGUGGCAAGUGUGGAGAGCAGGUCUGUCUCUACUAGCCCCAGCAUCCUUCCAGCAUUCCUAAAGGAAAUCCCUCCUCCUGAGCACGAGAAUGGGCAAGAGCAGCUACGUGUAGUUUGCCAUGGCAAAGGCAGUGGGGGCCACUUACUGGAACUCUCUAAGAGCAUGGUAGACCCCCAGGAAUCAAGGCAGUGUCCCAACAUUGUACCGCAGGUACACAUCCAGCCAGCUGCUGCCGCUCCUGCAGCUUUCAAGGCAGAAUGCAAACAGGAGAAUCAACCAGGAGAAGCCUUUAAAUCUUCACUGAUGGCCUCCAGUCAAAACCAGGAUACAGAAGAUGGGGAGUCUUCAGCAAUCAAAGAGGCAACUUCAGGGCAGCCUGCAGGAACUAAUCCUGGCUCCCAGAAAGAUAACCCCACUGACCAAAUUUCCCUCCUGACUGGAAGUCAAGCUGGGAUAAAUCAUGGGUUGGGAAACUCUGAAGCCAGGUCAUCUGAAUUUGUAGUGAAAACUACAAAUGACCACAAAACACAGCCAGACCGCAAACCCUCUGACUCCCGUGGAGGUGUCGGUAAAGAUGGCCAGCUGGAGAGCUCGAACCCCACUGAUAAAAGGGGUGCAAAGGAUGGGAAGCCCGCUUCUCCUCUUAUUGUAAAAGAGCCCACACCUGGGACCACCUGCUCCAUAGAUGCCAAAAUCCUACUACUGAAUCCUAAAUCUCAAGAAAAUGAAGGUACCGGACCAGAGGCCAAUCUUGCGCCCUCCCCAGGGAGGAAGAGCCAGCAGAACACCUUGGAAGAACACAGACAGACCAAGACCACCACAAGCCUGAGCCUGCCAUCCGAUGGCACCGGUGACUCAAGCCCAGGCUCCGGCAAGAGGACCCCUUCUCGCUCAGUCAAGGCCAGCCCACGCAGGGCCAGCCGGGUCAGCGAGUUCCUGAAAGAGCUCAACGUGACCGCGGCUGCUGCCCAGGUGGGCCUCACACCUGGAGAAAAGAAGAAACAGAUGGGCGCAGACACCAAGCUGCAGCUGAAACAGUCCAAGCGAGUCAGGGACGUCGUGUGGGACGACCAGGGCAUGACCUGGGAAGUGUAUGGUGCUUCCUUGGACCCAGAGUCCCUGGGAAUUGCCAUCCAGAACCAUUUACAAAGACAAAUUAGGGAAAAUGAGAAGCUAGUUAAAACACAAAGUGACCAGACUCGAAGAUCUAUCUCCUCAGAUUCUUCUUCAAAUAAGAAGCUCAAAGGGAGACAGCAGGGCGUUCUGCAGUCCAUGCUGCAAAACUUCCGGCGCCCCAACUGCUGUGUCCGCCCAGCACCAUCUUCUGUGUUGGACUGAAAGGAAACAACACCGCUGUAUGAUCUGUGGUAUUUCUUAUGUCUAUUCGUGUCAAUGCUUAAGAGUUUGGAUUUCUGUUUUGUUUGGGGUUUAUUGUCCUUGUUUUCGUUUCAGACUUAGCUAUUCCAAACUAUCUGGUCCUCCGUAAAUAAAAUGCCAUUUCACAUUGAAAGAACACAAGAAGUGAAAAAAAGCUUGGAGGUGGAAGAAAGAAAAAAUAUUCCUCACUGAGGUUUUCCUAAUACAUAAUUGUUUAUAAAAACACAUUUUCACUACAUGUGAGUCGUGUGGUACAUUCCCUAAGUCUAUCACAGGGUGGUAUUUCCACUAAAAUAUCCACUUUACAUUAAAACUAGCAAAAACCACUCUUAGCAACACUAUGAUGAUUUCUAGUCUUACUAAAGUAAGGAUGCUAGGACCACAAAAGUUAAGUAGUUCAUAAGAACCUUAAUAUGAAAAACUGAAACAAAUUCAACUAAUCCCUGGGACAAAUAAGAUAAAAUGAAAGUAGUCAAAAGUAUAUAAUAACAAAUAUGAAUUGGCUAUAGGCAUCUGAAGCUAACCCUUUUUAUGUGAACAAGUUCUAGUUAGAAAGGUUAGCUAUGCCUCUAAACAUGAGUACUGCCUGGACCAAACAUGAAUUUAAAUCUGUCCAUUUUCCUACACUGAAAGCAAAGUGCAUCUCUCUGUCCUUCUGAGCAAAUUAAAAUGGGGAAAAUUAAAAUUACUCUAGGGGAAGUAUCUGUGACUGGAGCCGUGAAAUUAAGGAUAAUAGUAAAUUCUGAAUUGUGAAUUUGUCCUCUGGUAACAGUUUCCGAUUCCUUAAAUGCACAACCUAGAUUCUUCCAUAUUUAUCACUUUUCAGAGACAUCCUUCAGAGAGCUUUGUGAAAUCGUAGCUUUGGGUGGCCAUGUUGUCUCACUGGUUUCUACAGCAGAAUAAACAUGGACCAUGGGAUCAUCGGGUGAAAACAGUAACUUGCACAUUGGGGUAGUAUGGAGAAGGAGCACAUUCAUUUUCUCUAGACAGUCCUGAUCUGAAGGUUGCUGUUAACACAUGUGAAAGACAGAGCGGCAGUUAGCUGCCUUUGCUGAAAUCACUCACCAGCAAUGAGGACCUGCCAUGUGGUUUCUGUUUUCUUUUUUCUUCAGAGACUCAAAUAGCAAGGGUACAGCCAAAUAUCUACUUUGGAUUUUUUUUCAAUUUAUUUCUAUUUUGUAGAUUAUAAAUAUAAAAAUUAUACCUGAGCUCUAAAAACCAAAGCUAAAUUGCCUUUGAUGUCUAGGAGUGAACUUGACUGUGUAUAAGUAGGCCACGGUGACAGCACUCUCUGAGUCGGAGAAUGAUAAUUACGGUGUUAUACUUGGAGCUUAUAACGAAUUUUUAAUAAGGCACAUUUUCAGUUUCCUACUAAUUGGUCUCUAUUAAAAAUGCUUUAUAAAGUAGAAAUUACUGUCAAAUUGCUGAUCAAAUUGCUGUAUUAAUGAUUAGAGAUUUAGCAUAAAACUCUCCUUUAGUAUAAGUACCCAUUUGUCUCAGAUGCCUUUGCUGGGACUUAAUCUAUCUCCCAUCUUGCACACACUGGGGCCUUCUGUCACAUGUCAGAACCCAUGCUGUGUAUACACAGAGUACCCCCAUGCAUAGCCAGGAGCAGCUGCCCACAGAGCCCACUCCAGAUGGUGGGCCCUAGCAAGCCUUUACACUGAAGUGUUGCAGCAGGCUGCUCGUACAGAGAAGAAAAAAUUCUGAUCAGUAAUAAUGUUUGCGGGUUUAGAGUAAGCAUAAAAUGCCUAGAUAGUUAAUGAAGCAGAGGCCUGAGAGAGCUGUAGGCAUCUGUCCCAGAUUCAGUAAAUCAAAACUCUUCAGUUGGGUGUUAUAGUUGUACCUCUCAAAUCGAAAACUAAAGAAAUGUUUGAUUACUGAGUUUGGUUUUCUUUGGUACUAGAACAAAAUUCAUAAUUUCUACAAGACUCUAGAAAGCAUCACAAAGUGGUACAAAGAGGUUUUGGCUUUGGUCCUUCUAGAAACAGCAGUGGAAAUGACUUACCAAAUGGAUAAAUUAAGCUGGGAAGCUGUUCAGGUGUUUAUAUCACAGAACCUACCAGUAGACACGCUCGUAGUUAAAUUCUAUUUGAAGUUUUUCCUCCCCAUAAGCCUAUGACACAGCAUUUGACCUUCAAGACAACACCGGAACCCCUCACCUUCUUUGACCAGGGAAACACAUGGUGUCUUUCCUGGCACACUCACUCUCCAUCUCUUGUUCUUCUUGUUUUAUCUGUGUGACACACACUGGCUUGAGAGUUAUUUGUGUCUCUCAUUAUUUUUUAACAUGGUAUUUAGACUUUCCCAAUACAUAUUAGAUUUUAAAUAUAGAUAUAUUGUAAAUGCUUUAUUAAAGAAAGAAAUAGAAAAGAUUUCUUGGAUCAGUUGUAAAGGAAGUGAGAACUCAGGGUCUAGAAGUUCCUUCAGCAUUUACAAUGUAAAGAUGAUGCUAUACCACUUAUGAAGAAAAUACUAGAAUUCUUAAACUGUAAUUAUUCUGUUUCUGUGACCAUGAGACAAACACCCUAGCUUCUACUAUUUGUUUAUCAUGAAUGAUUUUAUAACAAUAUCUUUUUGAAUUCGUGGUUUUUGAUGCCAGGGCCGCCUAUGUAAAAUACAGUAAAACCCUGAUCAACCCAUCAUUUUGAAUCAAUGACAUAAGAUAAAUAUUUUGUUAUAUCAAAGUUAACCCAAAACAUGUGUGUAUGUAUGUAUGUUCAAAAUGAAAUAGUUGUAAAACAGAUUCAUAUGUUUUCCUACUUUGAUCAGUUCAGCUAUCCUGACUGUAAUUUGAUUUUUGAUAAUUUUUUUAUUCUUAGAAAUCAUCCAAAACAUUAUUUUGCAUAGCUCUAUUCCCAGUAUUAUAAAUUAAAUAUAAAGCCGAAGUAAGUUGGACUGAAUGUGUAUGUAAAACCUCUACUCAGAGGCUGGACUUCGUAACCAAAUCCUUAGCAGGAGCUUGCUAUCUUGAAGAGAAAGAUGAAGAUAAGGAAACUGUCAUUUGGUUGAAUCUGAGAAUCUUGAAGUUUUGCUGUUCUCAGUUUGUGCUGUUUUGCUUCAUUUGGGGAUCCUCCAUCAUUCUGGGUAUGGUGUAUACCACACCAAAAAUAGAACACAAUGGGGCUUCAACUUUUAUUUGUAGGGGGUGUAUGACAGUGUGCUUUUAAUGUCACCCGUCCAGUCAUUUUUAUAUUCACUUUUACAUUUACUGAAAAUAUGUGAGAAAUCACUGUCUCGUUUUACUUCUACAGUGGAAGUGCUUUUAAAAGACCCCCUUCUAGUGCCACAUGAUCCUCCAUAUUUCUUGUCUACUUUUUCAGAUCAGUAUAAAGAAAACAAUAUAUUAGGAAAACAUCUGCAUAUAGGUAUAUAUGCGUUUAUUAGACCCUGGCCAGUCGUGGCCUUUUGUGACUCAGAUUCACUAACUAGCUACAGUGCAGCCAUGGAGCCGAGGCUGUCUACUCUCUCCGGCUUCGUUCUAAGUGGUGUGUGAGAAAUGAACUUGUGAACUCCCCAGUGUGGUGACAGAGUGAACUCCGAAGUCUCUUAAGUGAGCUGACAACAUUGUCACUACCACUGCGUUGUCUACAUGAUGAGUCAGAAACCUUCUUUCUGACCAUUUCAGUACCCACUGAGCCACAUUCAUACCCGAGCAUUUUGAUUUGUUAGCGGUGUCCCUUGAUGUGUGCACAGCCUCUUUGGUUCUUUCCAAAUGCAGGUCAGCUACUGCUGACCCCUGGCAAAUGAAACUGCAAUCUGUGAAUCUCCUUGGGACCUUACCCUCCCUUAAUGAAUUUCUGUAACUGAUAAGUGACUAUAAAAGUCAUCUGUGCAGACACAUAGGCUUAUUAAUAACUAUAUCAUUUUGAACAAUUUUCUAAAAUUAGCUUUGUAAAUACUUAAGCAGUUUUUCCAUGAACUUUGUCUUACUUUUGGAACAGAGACUAUUCUCUUUGACUAAAAAAUUCAAGUAAGUUUGAUUUCAAUAACCAAGAAACUAAAUGAAGAAGUGAGGUGGGACAUUUCUGUCUGAUGGUGAUAAAUGUCAGAGGUCUUUACUGCUACGCUCACCAGCUCAGCUACGCACUUGCCACAACCGAAUAACCUCUCUCAAAUAAAUCCAAUACAUCUGUAAAUGUGUAUAUAAACAAACAACGGAUGAUCCUGAAGACACUUUGGCUGUUAGGAAAACCGAGGUGACAAUAAUUAUAAAGGACAUCCAAAUAACUGCAGUCUCAAUAACAUGGUGGUGGGGGCCAGAAUGGUGCAACAAGAUGUUAUUUCCACAUUGUUUUCUAAAACCCAGAUAUCUCAGAAACCAAUUUGAGGAUAAAGACUGUUGACUGUGAAACCAAAGCCAAGCAAUACCAUGCCAAAAUGAGGCAGUUGUACCAGCAAGCGCAUCAGCUAUGGGCACACAUUAUGUAAGUAUAGUUUCUUCUGUGAAGGUUGACAAUCUCAGAGGAUACGUGGAGGGACAAUUUCUGCUUUCUGUUGGAAAGCUUGGUGAGAUGCUGCACAGAUGGAAACCGCACCCAUGACCAGGAGCAAAGGUUAGCUUGCAUCUCUGUGUGUGGCAUCAUUCCAGCCACACCUGAAGAGGAGUCACUAAAAGUCUUGUUGGCUUCCAAUUCAAACCAGAACCUUUGUCAAAUAAAAGGAUUGAAUUUACAGCAAUUUCUCUUCCAGGACACUAUCAUGACAUAUGCAACUCUCUUAACUUGACAUAGUGGAUUGCCAGAUGUGGCAAUGAAAAGCAGGCUCCCAAAAGUACUGAAACACAGCCCUUCUAGCAAAAGGAGCCUCAAAUAAUGCCUUACAGAGAAUGUUCUAGAUACUUUCUGAAUACUAAUGACUCAUCAAGUGUCUUUCUGGGUUCAAGUUCAAAAUUAAUUGGCUGCAAAGUAUUAGGAAUUAAGUCACAUAUUUUGCACUUCAGGAAAAGACACUGAUGAUCAGCCAACAAAUGAUAAUUAUGAUGAGAUGUUCUCAUGAUUUGCGAGUGCUAUGGAGAAUUAAGUGGGAGAGAACAUCGAGCCCCUAGAUCUCUUCAAUGUGAAAAUGUCAUUGGUUUUCUUUUCCCUAGGUAUAAAAUUAUAAUUUGGGUUUGUUUUAUUUUAACAUUGCUGCUAGUAUUAACUUUUCUUAUUUUAAAAAUUAACCUGUCUCUUUUGGGAAAACUUCUAAGUAUUAAACAGUUUCUUUCUGAUUCAUGUGACUUAUUAACUCUCCGUGAAGGUGGUGUUUGGAGCAAACCACCCCCGAUGAGCAAAAGGAGCUUGUCUUUGUCUGGAGGCAUUCUUACUAAUUUCAGUGUGGAUUCAUGGGCAUUCAUUUUAGGCCAUGUCUUGGAGUAAGUCACGUUCUACCAUGUCUUGAAAUGACACAUUGUGAAAUGACAGUGUCUAGUCCUGAAUUAGAAGGAACGACUACCAACGCUUGCUAUCAGGGGAUCUACAGGUACCUAGUAUUAAAGAUGACAGAAGUCAACAUGGCCUGAGAAAUCAAGAAAAACUUUCAAGUAGCAAUUCCUAAAUCUCUAUAUUUAUUUACCUCUGCUGUACUAAUGUGUGAAAAAUAUGUUGUGCAUAAUACUGUAGCUGGUUGUGGUAUGUCUGUAUAUUCUAUAAGUAUGUGUAGUCUGUGAGUAACUGCCAUUUUCAUGUGUAGGAAAAAAAAUCGCAUGCUAUAGCCCAUUUCAAGGCUAUUUCCUAUUGCCAGGUAGGCACAUUCAGGAAAGUGAAUAAAAUCAACAAAAAUGUGCAUGUAUGUUCAGUAACAGAGUAGAUACUUUCAAUUGAUGAUGGUCAAGAGGGACCAGGCUUGGUUUGGGUUUUUUGGUUUUUUUGGUUUGGUUUUUAUCAUCUACAAGAGUAGCCAGCAUAGUUACCGCAAAGGCUGAAUGGAGUGGUCUGUACAUUUACAUGUUACUAAAUAUGCCAGAGCUAAUUUCACAUGCCAUUAGUCACAAGUAAGGUCAGUUCUUUGACCACUGGGUUGAUUGACAUUCCUCACACAUCCUCUGUGUUAAGUGUGUGACAGUAUGUACAUACCAUGGGUGUGAUUGUGUACAUACCUUGUAUGAAUUAUCUAAAUUCUCUAAGCAGUUGCAAGAAAGCAGAAUGAAGAUAUAAUUAUUCAAAAGCCUCAAAAGGGCUAGUCAAUAUGGAUUUCCAUUUUCUACACAUAAAAUGUGUAUAUAGCCAAAUGUAAAUAUCAUAUCCAAAUUGAGUGCACACAAAGUGCAUUUUAUUCAUACUACUACAUUUGAAUAAAUCAUUAGCAUAUUAAAACAACUAAUUAACAGCUACAUCUUUCCAUGACUUUCCUAUUUGACAUCUAUUAGUAUUGAACUCAAUGAUAUUGCACCCAAAUGGCAGAGUUUAAGUGUGUGAAAGUCCCGCCUAUUUAACAUCUCACUGAGUCUGGUAUUUGAACAGCUUCAGGGUAUUAAUACUGCUUUUUAAAUACAGAACUAUAUCUGGAAAUGACAUACACUGGGGGAAACUACUUAUAUUUUGGAAGCUGAAUUUGGACCUUUACCAGUAUUUAUACUCACAGCCUGACAGAAAGCUUACAUUUUUGCUGAAGUCUCCCUAGCUUUCUCCAGUGUACAUAAUCAUUCAAAGUAGAGAUAAUCAUAGGCCUUCUCUUGAUAUUAGUCAAACCAUGUGUACCCACACUGAAGAGAAAUAAAAGUUCAAAGUGAAAAUAAAUUAUAGGUGCUGUUGGUAAGAAAGGACAGAAUGAACAAUUGGAAGUUCCUUAAGAAAGACUCAGGUACUCUACAGACUAAUCCAAAGGCCAGAGCCGUUAACCAGUUAUUGGUAAUACUAAACAAAAUUAUACAAUCUAUCAGUUUUCAGAAAGGAAUUGACCAAAGUUUUCUCAUUUCUUCUCAAAGAAAAUCCUCUGCUAAAGCUAAAUAAAAAUUAGAGACCGACAUUCUUAAAAGUUAGUAUAAUUUGACCCCAACUCUAUGGCACUAAAAUCUGUUAGCUAGUUGCUGGGCUGACAAAAUGAACAGAAAUAUCAGCAUUACUCCUCGAUAGAGAAUUCUAUUCAGUACAAAUACAACCACUUUCACUAAAGGUUAUGAAUAGCAUUUGAACACACAUUUAUGGGUUAGGAAGUGGAGGUAUACUCUUCACACCUUAAAGAUGGGUAAGGUUAACCAUUGUACAAACACUACAUGACAGCAGACAGCUGGGUUCACCUGUGAUAGAAAUACAGUUCCUGAAAUCUUGAUGUUCACCAAUUUUGCUCUUGCAUAAAAGAAAUGUAUGUACUCUUGAAAAAUGUAUACAAUUUAAAUAUCACCAAAAUAUUCCAUCAAUGUGACAUUUACGGACACUGACCAAAAUGAACUACCAUAUUUAAUCACUGAACAAAUGGUAAUAUUCAAAAUUGAAAGUAUGAAACUAGUUAUGGCAUAAUGUCUUCUAUAAAGGUCAUAAAAUAGUUUGUUUAAGAAAGUUCUCUUUUCUUGGAUGUUGUUCAGUAAACUUCAUUUUCGUUCAUGGAAGGUCAUGUUUAUACAAAGAUAAUGAUUUCUUAGACUGCAACCUUAAUUUUGCAUUUGCCUUUGGUUUUUUAAUUGGUAUUUAAAAUACUGAGAUUCAGCUGGCUAGCUACUUUUGUCCUUAGAAGUUUUGAAAUAUGAUUUUUUGCAUCUCA